GAUGUGUGUAUCAUCAUUCAAUCUCAGAUUUCCAACGAUCCCAUAUACUGAGAUUCGAUUUGAGAGGAAAGGUAAGGAGGACGGACAUGUUGAUGAAUGCACGAGUAGAUUUGAUGGGCAAUGAUCCGUUCAAUUGAUUUGCAUUGAAUCGGUCCUAUGUUAUGGAGAUCAGUGAGGCGAGGAAAGCAAGGCCGAAGGACGCGUCUGUAUUGGCUGCCUGCUGUCACCUGCGAGCCAGCGUCAAACGACAGAAGGGACGACCUACACAGACGCCUUCCUGCUUGUACUGUACCGAAAUUACGGGUGUGGUCCGCCAAGCGUUGGUGGCGUGGUUGUAAUGGUGCCAGAGUGUCGUCCAGUCGGCUGCAUCUAGCCUCCCAUGGCCGUCACCACCAUGGACCCCGAGUCUCCCCGGACGCCACAGCCCCAAAGCACCCUGGGUCAAGUCCCAGGGCCGUCCUCGCUGCUGCCCGCCGGGGGCGUGGGGGAGUGGCUGGGCCCUCACGGCAAGCACUACGCCUGCGGCUCCAUGGCGGCGUUCACCAACAUCGUGGUGACCUUCCCCAUGCAGAAGGUGCUGUUCCGCCAGCAGCUCCACGGCGUGCGGGUGGGCGAGGCCCUGCGCCAGCUGCAGAGGGACGGCCUGAAGAACCUGUACCGCGGCCUGCUGCCGCCCCUCCUCCAGAAGACCACCACGGUCGCCAUCAUGUUCGGCCUGUACGAGGACUUCUCCCGGGUGUUGCUCGACCGCGCCGGGAGCAGCGGCGUGCCGGAGCUGGCCACGCGCAGCUUCGCCGCCGCGCUGGCCGGCACGGCCGAGGCGGCGCUCACGCCGUUCGAGCGCGUGCAGACCCUCCUGCAGGACCACCGGCACCACGGGCGCUUCCAGAACACGGCGCACACCUUCCGGACGCUUCUGGGCGAGCACGGGGCGAGGGAGUGCUACCGGGGCCUGGUGCCCGUGCUGCUGCGCAACGGCCCCAGCAACAUCCUGUUCUUUGGGCUGCGCGGGCCCAUCAAGGAGCAGCUCCCAGAGGCCAGCAGCCGGACGGGGCACCUGGUCAACGACUUUGUGUGCGGCGGGGUGCUGGGGGCGGGGCUGGGGAUCAUGUUCUACCCGCUGAACGUGGUGAAGUCGCGGGCGCAGUCGCAGGUGGGCGGCGCCUUCCGGCCGUGCCAGGAGGUGCUGCUGACCGUGUGGCGGGAGCGGGGGGGCAGCGUGACGGAGCUGUUCCGCGGGGCGCACCUCAACUACCACCGCUCGCUCAUCUCCUGGGGCAUCAUCAACGCCACCUACGAGCUGCUGCUGAAAGUGCUUUGAUGUGCUGCUUCGGGUCGUGCGCGGGGGGAGAAGGGAAAGGGAGGGUGGUGAAGAGAAGAGAUUUUUUUUUGGGGGGGGG